UUUCAGGACCCUCCCUCCUCUGUGCUUGUAAAGUACGCUCUGAGCGAUAGCCUCCAAGAGGCCUUCAGAAGAAGACGGGGAAAAGAGGCGUGAGGUGUCGUUCUGGACUCUUCCUUCCAGGAGAAACUUUGGACGAAACGGAAAACAAACUUCAAAAUAUACUUAGAGACAUGGCACUUCAACAGAACUCUGAAAAGGAGCCAAUCAUCGAGUUGUUCAUUAAGGCUGGACAUGAUGGCGAGAACGUGGGGAACUGCCCCUUCUGCCAGAGGCUCUUCAUGGUGCUUUGGCUGAAAGGAGUCAAGUUUACAGUGACCACCGUUGACAUGAGGAAGAAACCCGCUGAGCUCAAGGACUUGGCCCCUGGGACAAACCCUCCUUUCCUGCUUUACAACGGCACCCUCAAAACAGACUUCAUCAAAAUUGAGGAGUUUCUAGAACAAACACUGGCCCCUCCCAGGUAUCCUCAUCUCAGCCCACUAAAUAAAGAGUCCUUUGACGUGGGCGCUGACAUUUUUGCAAAGUUCUCUGCCUUCAUCAAAAACAGUCCAAACAAUGCUGUUCAGAAGAAAAACCUCCUGAAGGAGUUCAAGCGCCUGGAUGACUUCCUGAACUCCCCUCUGCCUGAGGAGAUCGACCACCACUCGACAGAAACGAUCGGCACCUCCAACAGGAAGUUCCUGGAUGGAAACCGCCUCACCUUAGCAGACUGCAACCUGCUGCCCAAGCUUCACGUUAUCAGGGUUGCCUCCAAAAAGUACUGUGACUUUGACAUCCCAGCUCACUUCACGGGCGUUUGGAGAUACCUUCAGAACGCCUCAGAACGAGAAGAGUUCAAACAGACGUGUCCAGCCGACAUCGAGAUUGAGAAGGCGUACUUCAGCGUGGCCAACAAUAGGAAAUAAACUUUUUACCCUCUCUUUUGACAGUUUUUGCACCUGAAAGUGUAGCCACGCAUGGAGACAAGAUGAUCUGUAGAGGGCGCUACUGUUACAAGAACUGACGAUUAGCAGACUUUUAUGACACUCCCAGCUGAUAGAAUUCCAUAACACAUAUUACUGGUUAUUUGUAUUGAUUAUUUAUCCAUCCAUCAUCCCUUUAAGCACAAGAGAGGCCAAAUGUGCAAUUGAUUGUUGAUUUUUCCUUUAGCAGAAAUGUUGUUUCUGAUGUAAAUAUUGUUAUUUUUCAGGCUUUUUACAAUCAAAGUUUAUGUGAUCGUGUUUGUGUUGCUGCAGGAACAGUUUUUUUAUGUGCGAAACACCCCUGAAAAUUUCUCUGAAGUAAAACUUUGAGAAAAAUGAUCACGCUGUUUCUCCAAUAAAACAAAUAACACACUGUUA